AUGGCGAAUCGACGAGCACAGUCCCUGAAAUCGACGCUGCUCUGCCUCCUCGCGUUCGCGGCGUUCAUCCACAGCCGGGUCGCCGUCGUCGGACAAGACAUGAAGUGCGAGCCGUCAUGCAUCGCGCCACCGCCUCCCUCCCUGCCGCCGCCGUUGCCGCCGCUCUACCCUCCGCCGCCGUUGCCGCCGCUCUACUCGCCACCGCCGUUGCCGCCGUUGCCGCCGCUCUACCCGCCGCCGCCGUUUCCGCCGCUCUACCCGCCGCCGCCGUUGCCGCCGCUCUGUCCCCCGCCACCUUCCUCCUCGCGGCCGCCGUUGCUGCCGUUCUAUCCGCCGCCCCCGUCGCCGUGUGACUACUGCUACAAGCUGCCGCCGCCUCUGCCGCCCUCUUGCUUAUACUGCCAGACGCCAGAGAACAUGUACCCCGACGGCGAAGAAGAGGAUUACCUGGAGUCGGCCGCUGGCCGGAGCCACGGCGGCCGGAGGUGGGCGGGGGCCGCGGCGGCCGGUGGAUUGCUGAUGCUGAUGGUGUCGGUUUAG